UGCUGGAGUCCAGGGCUCAGAAGGGGCCUUCUUAGGACUCGGGUCUACAAUGGAUUAUGGUCCCUGAGUGGAGUCCUCCAUUUCUACCUAAUAGCCAGUCCCCAUCACGUCCUCCCUGGCCGGAGUGACUGGGCCUCAAGGGCAAUGUGCUGGUUGCGGGCAUGGGGCCAGAUAUUCCUGCCAAUUUUUCUCUCCCUUUUUCUCAUCCAACUUCUUAGCAACGUCUCAGAUAAGGGAUUUCUCCACUUUCACAGCCACAGGAACUGGAAAGAAAAGCAAUAUUCAGUCGAAGAUGCAUGUUCUCAACAGAAAAAUUGUCAGUCGUGCACACAGGAUAAGAAAUGUGUUUGGUGCAAUGAAGACAGGAUCUGCAAAAAAUAUUGUUUUCCACAUUUUCAUUGCCGAAUCAGUGCUGCCUAUUGGACAAACUGUAAAAUUGACGUGUUUGGAAUCCUGAUGCUUGCCCUUAUUGCGGUGUUAGUUGUGGUGCUCCUGUGGUACUGCUGUGCCUAUCACCUUUAUAUGCAACAGUUGAACAGACGUCAAGCCUAUUUUUAUGGAAGAAAUGAACCAAUUCAUGUUCACAACUGGGAUGCUGGAUUCGAGGAGUAGAAAAUUAAAAAGACAAACCUUCCAGAGAGAGGAGGAGGAAGUUUCCUUUAUGGUUUCUUUCAGGUUAUUAAUCAUCCUAACAGCCUCUUUGAGAGGGACUUAACUUCCAACUUCUCUCAAGUUAAAAAUUUUAACUCAAGUGGACAUUUCUGUAGAGUAUUUGUUACUUUUGCAUAAUUUUUGCAGUAAUUCAAGAGUAUAAGGGUUGGAAAAAGGCUCUUUAAAGAAGAUUUUUGGUUAGUUAAAUUAAAAAAAGCUUUUGAA